ACGUGGUAGAUGGGUAUAAAAACUUUGUGAUGACUGUGCUGAGUUGUCAGUUCUGAACAUGAUUUCAAAAAUUGUUGUCGUCGUGUUUUUGGCCGGCUGUUUAGCUGAUGAACUGAUCCAAGUACAAGUGAUAUUCAGGCAUGGAGACAGAACACCAAUGGAAACAUACCCCAAUGAUCCUUACAAAGACAAACUGUGGGCUCAGGAGGACCCAGGACAGCUAACCAACGUAGGAAAGCAAAAACAGUACGAGUUAGGACAAUGGAUCAGAAGCCGUUACAGCAGUUUCCUGCCCUCAAAAUACUCCUACACACAUUUAAAAGUAAUUUCAGACGACAUGGACAGGUGUUUGAUGUCAGCCGGAGCUAAUUUAGCUGGCCUGUAUGCUCCAGAGGCUGGACAAAUUUGGAAUCAGGUUCUACAUUGGCAGCCAAUUCCCAUUCACACUAAUCUGGCACUGUUGGAGGGAUCAGCCAGCAAUUGUCCAAGGAACGACGCCCUUUUAGACAAGGUUCUGAACACCCCAACCUAUCAGGCCAUUGACCAGUCCUAUACAGACGUGUACAAAUACCUGACCUUGCACUCAGGAAAAAACGUGACAAAUCUAAUGGGAGCUUGGACAAUCAGAGACGUGAUGUACAUCGAGUCAGUGUUGGGCUGGGAGUUGCCCAGCUGGACGAAAGAAGUCUACCCCAAACCGUUGGAUCAAAUCUCCGCCAGCUUCUUCCAAGCCAGCACGGCCAACAAAGAGAUCGCCCAGCUUAACGUUGGACCCCUCUUCACCACACUCACUGAAAACUUCAACGCCACAGAAAAAAUGAUUUAUUACUCAGCCCACGACUCGAACAUAGUAGAUGUUUUGCACGUUUUGGCGCCGACGUUUCCGAUUGGUUGUCCCAAGUUUGCGUCCAGCCUGUUCUUUGAAUUGUGGCAGAAAAACAGCCUUAAGUAUGUUAAAUUGUAUGUGAAGAAUGGCGACACCUUAUCAUUGGUGAACAUCCAAAACUGCGGUACCAGUUGCGAGCUGAACAAGCUUAACAAGAUUUUGGCGCCGUACAGUUUGACGUUGAAGCAAAAAGAACAAAUCUGCAACUCAUAAUUGUGGUUUAAAUAAAUAUGGAUGUAAGACUUCUUAAUAUAAACUUGCCAAAGCCGCUUUAAA